GUGCUGUUUCUCGCAAGCUGUGAACGCAGUCCCCAGUGGUCGGCGGGUGUGUAAACAGGUCUGAGCAAGUUGACCACCGUGAGCGUCGUUUCUGGCAAGAAAAAGGAACAAUGACGUUCCUUCUAAUUGCCGUUGCCGCAUGUCUUCUGGACGUGGGAUUCAGUCGAUUAGCAACUGUUUCCCUUGGUCACGGAGGCGCCAAUUUAACAUUACCAGGUGUUAGCGGUAGCUGGGGAACAAGUACAAGUGGCACUGGCGCAUCAUGGUCCCUAGGCUCUGGGACGGGAGCUUCAGGUUCCACGGGUGGUGGCUUAGCUGGUGGCUCAGGCGGUGGCUUAGGUGGUGCCUUAGGUGGCAGCAGUGGACUGACAACUUGGUCAACUAGUACAGGCUCCGGUGGCGCUCACUUGGGGGCCGGUACUAGCGGCCUCGGAACUGCGUUUGGGGGUUCAGGUUCAGGUUCCAGCGGCGUUGGCUUAGGAGGCAGUACUGGCGGUCUGGGACUUUCAUCUGGUGGUUCCGGUUCAGGUUCUUCUAGUGGUGGCUUAGGUGGUGGGAUGGGCGGCAGCCAUGGUGGCGGGACUUAUUGGUCAGGUAGUUCAGGUUCCAGCGGCGUUGGCUUAGGAGGCAGUACUGGCGGUCUGGGACUUUCAUCUGGUGGUUCAGGUUCAGGUUCCGCCGGCGGUAUCUCCGUAGGCACCGGAGGCCUGGGAAUUUCAUCUGGAAGUUCGGGUUCUUCUGGUGGUCACGCCAGCGGUAUUGGUGGUCAUUUGACACAUGGCUUGAGUAGUUCGGGAGGUUCUUUCGGCACUCACGUUAGCGGCUCUAAUGGAGGCGCAUCUAGUGGGUCUGGCAGUUUGAGUUCCGGUCUUGGAGGCUUUGGCGCCGGUUCCUCGACUGGUGGUUCAGCCUUUGGCGGUGGUGGCCACGGUGCCGGAUUAUCGUACGGUGGUUCUGGGGGUUCUGGUGCCGGUGGCUUUAGCGGCGGAUCAACCUCUGGUAGUUUCGGUUCUUCCAGCGGUAGCCACGGCACAGGCAGCGGCAGCGGAUCAGGGUUUGGUCUUUCGGGGUCUGGCGGCGGCGGCCUUUCGGGCGGCUCCGGAUCACUGUCAGGCCUGACGGGUGGAUUGAGUGGCACCAGUGGUAGCUUUGGCGGAUCGGGAGGAAUUGUGACUGGAGGAUCCAGUUCUAGUGGUGGUUAUAGCGCGAGCGGCGGUUCAGGAGUUUCUGUUGGCGGUGGCCUUGGUGGAAGAGGUGGCUCAACAGGCGGUUCCUCCGGUGGCACCUAUGGCGGCAUUGGUGGUGUAUCAAGUGGUGGGUCGAGGGGUGGUUCCGGUUCCUCUGGUGGCAGUAUUGGAUUAGGGGGUGGAUCAGGGAGUGGUUCAAGUUCUGGCGGUGGUUCUUAUGGCGGUGGUGCCUUAGGCAGCGGAUCAGCAUCUGGUGCUUCGAGUUCUUCUAGCGGUAGGUACGGCACAGGCAGCGGAUCAGGGUUUGGUCUUACGGGGUCUGGCAGCGGCGGCCUUUCGGGCAGCGGCGGCCUUUCGGGCAGCGGCGGCCUUUCGGGCAGCGGCGGCCUUUCGGGCGGCUCCGGGUCACUGUCAGGCCUGACGGGUGGAUUGAGUGGCACCAGUGGUAGCUAUGGCGGAUCGGGAGGAAUUGUGACUGGAGGAUCCAGUGCUGGCGGUGGUUAUACCGCGAGCGGUGGUUCAGGAGCUUCUGGUGGCGGUACCCUUGGUGGAAGAGGUGGCUCAACAGGCGGGUCAUCCGGUGCCACUUAUGCCGGCAGCAGCGGUGGAUCAAGUAGUGGGUCGUGGGGUGGUUCAGUUUCUGGAGGCACUGGCAGCAGCGGUAGAGGUGGAAUAGGAAGUGGUGGAUCGGCCAGCUGGGGUUCCUCUGGCGGCAGCAGCGGAUUAGGGGGUGGAGCAGGGAGUGGUUCAAGUUCUGCCGGCAGUGGCUAUGGCGGCCACGGCGGAUCAAGUGGUGGAGCGUUGUCUGGUAUAGGUUCUUCUGGUGGCGCUUAUGGUGGCAGUGGCGGAGGAGCAGGCGGUGUUUCAUGGGGUACAGGUGGCACCGGCGGUGGUCGUGGUGGAUCGGGAGCAAGUGUGUCGGGAGGCUCCAGCGGUGGCUCCGGCGUGAGCGGCGGUGCAGGAGGUUUUGGUGGCGGUGCCUUGGGUGGAAGAGGUGGCUCAGCAGGCGCCUCUGGAAGCGGUAGCAGCAGCGUAAGAGGCGGAACGGGCUUUGGUGCUUCCGGCAGUUCGGGUCCGUCUGGUGGCAGUAUUGGAUUAGCAGGUGCAGGAGGGAGUGGUUCAAGUGGCACUGGUGGUAGCGUUGGCGGACAGCAGGCAGUUCAGACGGGAGGCUCGAGCAUUGGCUUUGGCGUGAGCAGUGGGGCAGGAGGUUCCAGUGGCGGUUCCUUGGGUGGAAGAGGUGGCUCAGCAGGUUGGUCUGGCGGCAGCCACCUUUCGGGCAUCUCCGGAUUACUUCAAGGCCAGACAACUGGUUUGACUGGCACCACCGGUGGCCAUGGCGGAUCGCAGGCAGUUCUGACGGGAGGCUCUAGUGGUGGCUCCAGCGUGAGCGGCGGGGCUGGAGUUUCCGGUGGCGGUUCCUUGAGUGGAAGAGGUGGCUCAGGAGCUGCUUCAAGAAGUGGUGGCAAUGGCGGACGAGGCGGAUUAGGCGUUGGUGCUUCGGGAAGUUUUGGUUCUGCUGGUGGCUCUCUUGGAUUAGGAGGCGGAGCAGGGAGUGGUUUAAGUUCUUCCAGCGGUAACCAUGGCGGAGGCAGUAACAGGGGAUCAGGGUUUGGUGUUUCGGGGUCUGGCGGUGGCGUCCUUUCCACCAUCUCCGGAUCACUGCAACGCCUGGCAGGUACUUUGAGUGGCACUGUUGGCAGCCUUGGCGGAUCAUCAGCUGUGACGGGAGGCUCUAGGCCUGGCGGCAGCAGCCUUUCGGGCAGCGGCGGAUCACUGCCAGGCCUGACAGGUGGUUUGAGUAUCACCCCUGGUAGCCUUGGCGGUUCAUCAGCUGUGACGGGAAGCUCUAGGCCUGGCGGCAGCAUCCUUUCGGGCAGCGGCGGAUCACUGCCAGGCCUGACAGGUGGUUUGACUAUCACCGCUGGUAGCCUUGGCGGAUCAUCAGCUGUGACGGGAGGCUCUAGGCCUGGCGGCAGCAUUCUUUCGGGCAGCGGCGGAUCACGGCCUGGUCAGACAGGAGGUUUGGGUGGCACCGGUGGCAGCUUUGGCGGGUCGGGGUCACUGGUGACGGGCGGCUCCAGCUCUGCCGUCAGGGGCAGUGGCGGCCAUGGCGGAUCUAGUGGUGCAGCGUUGGGUGUUAAAGGCUCUUCUGGUGGCAGUGGCUGAAGAGCAGGUGCUGUUCCAUGGGGAUAACCAGUAUCUUUCGACAGAAGCGGUCAUUACUGGAACAUUCAACUACAAAAUAUCCUAAAUAUUAACAGCUUACACUUAUAAUAAAACAAAACUUGUUACUUGAAAAUAAACUGGAAUGCCGCUGUUUCUUAGGAUGAAAUAAAAGAAAGCUCUGU